GGGCUAAAAAUUUGCCCCUAAAUUGGUUGUUAACAUCACUGUUAGUUACGUUGCACAACGUAACAUCACUCUUACCUGACGUAAAGGGAAAUGUCAAAUGUGAUAAAGAGGUUAAAGCAAAAGUGGAUAAUAAAAAGUGAAUAAUCCAAUACUGUAAACUUUUUGACAUGCAGUUUCCAGAAAUCGAUCAAUAAUAAUUCUUAGCGUUUUUACAUCAUUUAGUUUAAUUUUUUAUCCAAAAGGAUAUAAUUUAUAAAAAUCUAAUUAAACUUAUGGUCCACUCGCUCUCAGUUCUGCAUUGUUUUCGUUGAUUAAAUUUGUCAAAUUUACCUUGACGUAUUGGCAAUGGGUUGUCAAACGCAGGCAAGCGAAAGAGUGCUAAACGUAAUAGUGACAAGCAAGCCAGAAAACGAAAAGAAAUACCAGUGGAAGGAAGUGUAAAAACGGAUCGCGAAAAAUUGUUUAAUUAAUUGUGUUACUUUGCCGGAAGCGGCUUUGGUAUCCUAAUAACAAGAGGAAACAAUUUAUAAGCGGUGUCCACGGCUGGUCAAAAGGCACUCUGAAAGAGGUGCGUCUGUGUGUAGUGACGCACACCCCACCCCCGUUUAAGUAUAAACAUAACGCAAACGCACUUGGAAUAUUACCCACACGAGCUCACGAAUUCCACAAACGCGAUGCAUAGUGGAGAAUAAUGAUUCAAUGGAGCAAAUAUUGAUGCAGCCAUAGCUUUACACGAUGUCGCUCUUGCUACUUUCAUUAGAUUGUCGAGAGCCAGCAACGCGUUGAGAGCGUUCCCGUGCAUCCGUGCGCCAAUUAUCGAACUGAAAAGAAAAUUAUUCAACGCUGCCACUGGCCAUUUUUAACGUGCAUCCCAGUGUUACUAAAAGAAAUAAAAAAUUCUUCAAUAAAUCUGAAAGCCAGCACAUAAGCUUGAAUUUGUCUCCUUUGUCUUCAACAGCCGAUAUUACCCGCCUUGUCGCGCCCAACGCAUAAACGUGAAACCGCGCGCGUACACGUUCGGUUGUAAAAGAGACCCUGAGCAAAAAUCGAUUUUUCUUUGAUUUGCACGUUGCUAAAGUGGGUUUAACAUUUAUCAUACUUAUAACAAAAAGGUAAAUAAAUGAUAGUGUGUAGUCUGACGAAUACCAGUAUCAAUAAAUAAUUUGCAAAAACUAUUUCGAUUAACUCAAAACAUUCCAUUAUCUUAAAAAUACAGAUAAAACAUCGGAAUAAUUCGCUGGCAAAUGUGAAAAUUUAAGUAAAACAAAGAGCAGUCAUUGAAUAAAGCAAAGCACACAAGAGACGGAAAGCAAAGUGAAAGAAAAAUCCGAUACACAAAAAACCAUCUCCCUACAACCAAAAUCCAAUUCACUCUCAUUCAACGCUGCUUAAGCAUUCUAGUAACAAUUUGUGCUGAUUUUUGCCAUCAUAACUCUACCCACUUAUUGUUAUUCGGAAGCUUUUCGUCGAUAAGCUACGUUUCCGACGUGUUCGUCCAACAGCGUCAUCACCUUCAUCAUCACCAAAGGCGAACGCAACAGCAGCAAGUAGCAGAUACCAACAGUUUUUCUCCCAGCGCGUGUGUUUGGGGUGCAAGGAAUAGAACGUGGUCAGUAAAAGUAAAGCAUACAUUUUUGUGCUUGACAAGUGCAAAAGUUGCAGAUACGAAUUAAGAACACUCGAUUUCGAAACCAAAUAAAUAAAUUUAGUGGUUAGUGUGUAAAAUUUUUACGAUUAUUAAACACUCUCAACCACAAAAAAGUCUGUGGAUACGAAAUUGCCAAGCAAAAGUGAGGCAGAAAGUGAGUCAUGCAGCGGUUGCUAUUGUCACUUACGCUAUCGCUAUCGUCGCUGUUAACGUCGCCAAAAUUAUUUUCAAAAGUAGCUGUGGAUAUCGCAGUAAAUUGAAUUUGUUGACCGUGAGCGUUGCCUUCAGCGCUCCGUUUGCCAUUACGCACGCUAAAACCAGCCGCUCCGCCCCUAAUCGCAUCGUGGUAUAAACGUGUGAACGAAGAUAUUUAGAGAUAAAUUUGUUACAGACGACUCGUAAAUAUAUUAAAUAACAAAAACAAAGUGCUUCAUGGGAAAAUUUAUUAGAAGUGCCAAUAUCCUAAAUUAAAAAUUAUAAUUUUCGAAGAUACGCCUCGAAAUCGACGAUAAUCAAGACGGGGGUACGGGCGUUUGUCCAAACGUUUGCAUUUCGCAAGGAAAAAUCGAUAAUCGCUAGUCACGAGCGACAACUACCGCGCGCGUCCACCCGCCACCGCAACCGAAAAUACAGGCUUAGAAAGUGUUGCACACACGCGGUGCGCUGGGAGGCCGACAAAAUUCUACAGUGAAAAGGCCGAAAAGAAUAAUCGCGUGAAAGAAAAAAUAAAUAAAAAAUAUAUUGUGCUGGUGUCAAGUUUAUCCAAAGAGAUCGAAUUUGGGAAAUUCAACUAUGUAAAUGAAAUUGCAUAAAAAAGUGAUAACCGAAACUAGCGUCUUAGAGGAGCAUUGACUGCCAAAAAAAUACAUAUAAAUUAAUAAGUUUUUAUCGCCUUGAAAUUGAAGCACUCGUUCCCCUUGUCCCUUAAAAAAUAAUCACCGUAAAGUUGAGCUCAACAAAGUCAACGAACGACGUGAGCAAACGUCAACGAAAGCCAGUUUGCUUAUAAAAGAUAAUUAGAAUAAAAAUUAAGUAAAACUUGGAAUAAAUACCGGCAGUGUAGUGUUCCAGUUUAACGAGAAAUUUUACCACUGUGAAACAAACUUUAUAAAUUUAAAGGCAAACAACCUUCAACGCCUUUGUAGUAAAAACCAUCUGCAAAAUGACAAAAGACAGAUUAGCCGCACUUCACGCCGCUCAAUCCGAUGACGAGGAGUCUGAGGAAGUGGCGGUCAACGUGGAUGCCCAUGAUUCCUACAUGGAUGAGUUCUUCAAGCAGGUGGAGGAGAUACGUGGCAUGAUCGAUCGGGUGCAAGACAAUGUCGAAGAAGUUAAAAAGAAGCACUCGGCUAUUCUAUCCGCCCCUCAAUCUGAUGAGAAAACCAAACAGGAGCUGGAAGAUUUAAUGGCCGACAUUAAGAAGAAUGCGAAUCGCGUCCGUGGAAAACUAAAAAGCAUCGAACAAAAUAUCGAGCAAGAGGAGCAGCAAAACAAAUCGUCCGCCGAUUUGCGUAUACGCAAAACACAGCAUUCAACGCUUUCACGAAAAUUCGUCGAGGUGAUGACAGAAUACAAUCGCACGCAGACGGAUUACAGAGAGCGCUGCAAAGGCAGAAUACAACGUCAGUUGGAGAUUACCGGCCGUGCAACGACCAGUGAAGAGCUGGAAGACAUGCUGGAGCAGGGCAACCCAGCCGUAUUCACGCAGGGCAUUAUAAUGGAGACGCAACAGGCCAAACAAACUCUGGCCGAUAUAGAGGCUCGUCACGCUGAUAUUAUGAAGUUGGAGACAUCGAUCAAAGAGCUGCACGACAUGUUUAUGGAUAUGGCUAUGUUGGUGGAGUCGCAGGGCGAAAUGAUCGAUCGCAUUGAAUAUCAUGUGGAGCAUGCUAUGGACUACGUGCAGACGGCAACUCAAGAUACAAAGAAAGCGCUCAAAUACCAGAGCAAGGCGCGCCGAAAGAAGAUCAUGAUCCUGUUAUGUUUGACUGUGUUGGGUCUCAUAGUUGCUUCAUAUGUUGGCACAACUUUCAUGUAAAUGCAAUUACAUUAUUACUAUUACAUACAUGUUUAUUAUUUAUUACAUACAUACAUAUAGUUACAAAGAAAAGUAUAGCAACAAAGUAAUAACAAUUAUUAUAACUAGUUAUUAUAUAGCUCUUGUGUCGCGCGCUCCAAGUAAAAAAUAUUCAAAAUAUGUUGCUAAAUGUCACAACAACAAAACUCAGCAUCAGUCUGCUCUGAUCGGCUGCUGCUGAGUUGCGAGCGAUUUAGAAAGCGAUUAGAGUAUCUAAAUACAAAUGCCAUGCGGCCGUAAAUGCUGCCAAUUUGUAA